AUGCAGGGACCGGCUGGUACCUCGGGAUGGCAGUUCUGGUCUCGUCCAGGAAGGGCGGCACAGCGCAUGUGUGCAACGACGGCAGGUGCCUCCUUGGGUUGGGCUCUUUCCCCGUCCGCUGGACUGGGCAGCGGGCAUCUGCAUAAUCCGAAACAAGGCCAGAUUCCGGGCGAUGCUGGUCACCUGCUGGCGGGCGGCGUCUCUCGGCGAUGCAGACCCAGAUCGCGUAGCAAGCGCCCCCUCCCUCAAGGUCCCAGAAGCCCCAUUCCUUGGUGGAGGGGAUGGAGGGAUGGAGGGCCCCUCCCCAAGGUGCCUGCGCUUCUUGCUGCGAUCUCCCUGCAUGCCGCGCGCGGCUCUGGGGAGGAGAGCCGCUAUCACCUUAUGCAUCCAGCCUAGGCGAAUGCGCAAAAGGCGAGAUAGGCAGGCACGGACGUGCAGCGCGCCAUGCAUGCACUCACGUCAAAACGCCCUCCACACAGGGCGCCUUGGGUAACUCGGGGGGCAAGGUGUCAUUUUUUUUUUCAGCCUGCUCUUUGUCCUGCAAUGCGUUAGCCCACCCGCGCGCAUCGCAUCCUCUCCUGUGGCUGCAAGGACGAGCAGCCAAGUGCCGUAGGGCCCUGACUCGUUUCCUUGGAAGCGCAUGCAUUCUCGAUGGGACCUCUUGGGUAUCACCCAAAAGUCGGCGA